UAUACCUUCAUCCGCCUUAGUUAUGCGUUGUUUAAGUAUGCAUACAUAUUUCCAAUAUUGUUCUGUGCUGUGUAUUCGAUACGUUGUCUGAAUGACAAGGGCGCUGCUGCUGCUGUCUGUCAUUUUGCAAUAUAGGUAGCUAAUACGACGGCCGAUAUCUCGGUACAAAACAAAUAUGUGGAAACAACAAGUCCAUUUCAGAUAUCUUCCAUUUACAGGAAUCUUGUUAUCGUGUCUAACAAUUUGGAUAACUACCGCAACAACUGGAGGACGAAAUUCCGCAUACAUCACAAUAAAGCGGGGAAGCAACCUGAGUUUGUUUGACAUGUUUGACCUCCAGGGGUUUGAAUGUGGAGACAUGAGUACGGGGUCCUUCAGAGACGGAAAGAUCGAUACAUUCAGGGACAAGGAGUGUACAAACAAGAAGCUAAGAAUCAUUUUUCUAUCGAAUGGUGGCCCUAAUAGAACCAUCGAACUAUUUGACAAUCGACCGACGAUUCAACUGGACGCUUUUAUGGGCCUCCCGAUACGUAGCCUGAAGCCUCCUCUGGAUACCAACUCGGGACUAGAGAAAUUGCAACUCGUUUUAAAUGCUGGUAACUUUGAAUUUAUCCUCACACGUAACAACGACACCUCCAGCGGAUACGCAGCUGUGUACAACUCCCCGGAUGAAGAGGAGCGACCUCGAUUCUUCUUUGUAAAGUUUCUUGAUUCCGCAUCACUUACCCAGGACCAUAAUCAGUCGUUGCUAGGAGAGGUGGAUUGCUGGGAGCACGCCUUCGAUGAAUUCGACACACUCAAACUAGAGAUGUCGUACGAUGCCUCGUGCAAGGAGACGAAUGCCACCCAGUAUAGUAGUUGUGUGGAAGCCGUAGAGAAAGAACUCUGUGACUGCGACUGUGCGUAUUUCGAGAAAAUGAGAUCCUGGGAAACGCUUUCAGCCUUUGAUAACCGCUCAGAGGAAGCCAAGGUGGAGAAAUUGACAGAGGAAACUGUGGAAACGAAACAGAAACUGACUGUCAAUAAGACAGCGCUGUCGUCAGGUAUCAGAAAGAAGAGUAGUGCUACUGACGACCGGUCAUCCGCUACAAACAUUGGGAUACUUGGGAUUCUCAUGCUUGGCCUUGUCGUCGGGUCUCUCCUUAUCUGUGAUCUCUUGUCUAUCAGACGGCACAUCCGGAGCAUCAAGAAAAACGCUUGGAGGUAAACAAUACGAUAAGGAGAUCACGGUGAAUUGAGGUAGCAAAUGAAAAGGUGAAUUUCAAUACCAAAAACGAUGUGAAGAAAAUAUUUUGGUAUGUAAAGAGACGGAGAAAUGAGCAGUAACUAGGAGGGGAGGGGGUUAAAAACAGCUAAUACAAAAGAUUUUGUAGCAGAAAAUCAGCAAACAGUAUAUAGUCGGAAAAGAUACUGAAAUGCAUAAUAUAUUUAAUAUUUAAUUCAGUAACAAAAUUCCUAUUUUAUGGAUAACUCUCACCAAGGGGAGAUAAAUCUACGGAAUGCGAUGUUGAGAUACUGCUAUUAGAUAUAAUAAACAAUAUUAAAACAGGAAGUAAAAACAGAAGUGUGGAACAUUUACUCACAAUAUUUAAUAACAAAAUGUUGACAGUUUGUGAACAGCUACAGAAUUAUGAUAGGGGGCAUCAUGUGAUAGAUCGAAAGGUGAUAUCUGUCAACUGUUUGAAAUAAAUUUCUCAUUUUUUUUGUAUGAAUCCUAGCAAUAAAAUCCGUCCGUAUACCUUAAUGUAAUCGGUACCACUGUUAUCGUUCUUAUUGAACAGAAGGGUUCCACUAAGAGUGUAUUCAUGGUGAGUAUUCUGUGGAAAGCAGCCUAUACAUAAGAUAUCUUUUGAUAAUACACAUUAAAAAUUCCUAUUCGACAACUCGAUAAGGUUUUGGCUUUGACAAAUUUACGCCGCGAGUUCGACGGUAUAAUUUGCAUAAUAAGAUUUUUAUGGAACACCUCUUCUAAACAAAGUUUAAAAAAAUAUUUCACAAUAGUAAAAAUGGUAAUAAUAUCAAUAAACUUUGUUACCCUUUGUCGUAAUCGACAGUUUACUUUAGCACUGACUUCAAAACAAAAAUCUCUGUUUUACGACUUUUCUUGGCAAUUAACUUGACAAUGCAUCAACAUGUACAUAUCACAUUUAUAUAAGUAUUUUUGCAAUUUUAUAGUUCAUUUGUAUUGUUACGUUUUCAUGAAUGUUGUUCUGUUGUCAAUAGUACUAAUUAUAAAUAUAUAGCAUUACUGGAAAUAUUGCUUAUUCCCUUUGUCUAUAAUGUGCAUUGUAAACAUCAUCUAUAAUCCGUGGUAACAUCCCUGUUGUGUAAUAAUACAUUACAUUGGUACUUCCAGGACAGGAUGUAACGGUUAACUUUAGUUAGGCUUAACAUGUACAUAUAAAUAAUAUCUAAGUGUACAUGCGUUUUAAGCGUAGCCGAAUCAUCUUGUAGAUGCUUUUGUGGUUAUAUUUUAACACUUUUAUGUAUAUAUUUUAACACUUUAAUGUAUAUAUGCUUAACUUGUCAUUUUGUUUUUGGUAAGACACUGACUACAUAUCGAACUACACUUCGAAAUGUCACACAUGAGGCUAUGUACAAUACAUAUUUACCAAUCCCAAGAGAUGGUAUUAACAAAACGUAUGCGUAUUUUUUGUUAAUACCAAUUCAGUGUAUAAAAAUGCUAGCAAAGAUUAUUUGUAUACCGUAUAAGGCACGAUAAAAAGAUUGCUUCCUGGUGUGCCGUAUACAAAAUUAUAAAAAUUAUAGAAAGCUGCUUGUAUUUUGUAUGUUUUUUGAAAAAAAUAUAUACAAUUAUUGAUUAAGUAUGUACGGCUUCAUUUAGAAGAGAAAAGCGAACUUAUAUAUGCAAAAUUAAUGCAAUUUAUUUUCAAUUUCAUUUUUUAAGGUAAUGCGCGUUCUAUAUCAUCAUGUGUCGACUGCUUAGAAAUGAUUAAAUCCACGAAAAACACUUGUCGGUUAAUUUUGUUUUACAAAUGAUUUAUAAACAUAUAUUUUCAGUUCAGAACAUUUUAUU